UCAACGGGCCAGUUAAACACCGUGUUUCUCAUCGGCAAGUCGGUCGCUGUUAAAAAAUAUUCAACAAAUUUAAUUGGUUGGUACUAUUACAAAUAUUCAAAAAGGAUAGAGAUACCUAAGAUUGUCUGCUGACCAUGAAAAUCUGGCCAUGAAACAUUUUUUCAACUAGGCAUUGGACAAGGUUAAGCCCGACGAAAAGGCACGAACAGAUUAACUUUUAUGUGAAAGUGGGCCAUAGAUAGACAUGGAACCUGGAACGACUCCAUCGCCUGUUGCAGCCCCGGUUUCUGCGCCUGUGGCGCCAUCAGCAGUGGCUACCUCUGUCCAAGCUGUUAGCCCCGCGGCAGUGGCUCCCGCACCAGCGCCACCGAUUGCUGUCACUCCAGUGGCUGCCCCAUCCCCUGUUGCAAGUGUGCAACCGGCAACAGCUACUGUUCCUGAUGCUCCUGCUCCAGCUCCAAUUGCUGCCGCAGCAGUCGCUCCUGUCGCAUCUGCGGCGCCUCCAGUUGUUGUCGCAACUCCGCCAGCAGCAAGUCCAGUUGUAGCACUACCCAUUGCUGUUGCCCAGAUUCCAGUUGCUGUUUCAGCACCGGUGGCACCACCCGUUGUUGCAACACCCACUCCUGUUGCCCCAACUCCUGUUGCUGCGCCUGUGAUAGCAACACCACCUGUUGCUGCCGCAGCUCCUACUCCGGCUGCUAUUUCGACACCCGUGGCGCCUCCAGUUGUUGCGACUCCUGUAGUUGCUCCUGUGAUCGACACACCAGCCGUUGUUGCUGCUAACACCACGGUUCCCGUUGCAACACCUAUUGCUGCAGCACCAUCCCCGCCAGUAGCCCCAGCAGCUGUUCCUGUUGUUGAUCCAGUUGUUGCGCCAGCCGUUGCUGCUGCUGCUGCUCCCGUCGUAGCAGAGACUCCAGCUCCAGCGAUCGCCUCACCUCCUCCAGCUGAGACUCCGGUUGCAGCCGUACCAGAUUCCGUUGUUCCUGUCAUCCCCGAGGUUCCAGCUCCGAUUGUCGCAGCACCAUCCGUUGCUGUUCCCGAGACUUCGGUCGCCGCAACUCCCAUCGUGGCAGCGACGCCUAUAGCUACUGCUGAGCCAGUGGCCGCUCCACCAACCGCUACUGAAAUCCCAGUCGCCGCUCCGACUGCAGCUUCGCCGCCUGUGCCUGUGCCUGUAGCACCACCUGUGGAGGCUGCAGUGGUGGCUCCUGUGAGCACUUUGACAGAUGCUCCGGUUGCUACUGCAGCCACUGUACCAGAAACCCCUGCCGUUGUCUCAGUCGUUUCCGAGUCUCCAGUUGCUGCGGAUCCUGUUGUAGCUACACCUACUCCUGCCUCGGAGCCCGAACCCAUUGCACCACCUGCAGAAGCCCCAGAAGUUGCUCCAGUGAUCGCUGCAUCACCGGUUGCUGCUGCUGAAAUAACUCCACCAGUUGCGCCUCCUGUGGCCGCAGAAACAAUACCAGCUCCAGUCGUUGCCGCGACACCAGCUCCUGCGGCACCAGCACCAGCUGCAACGGAGCCUGAGGUCAUUGCACCUGCUGUUUCCGAAGUAGCUCCAGUGAUCGCUCCACCACCCGUUGCUACUGCUGUUGCUGAAACUCCUAUAGAUGAAACGCCUCCUGUUGUCCCUCCCGUGGCUGCGGAACCCGUACCAGCUGCAGUCGCUGCCGAGACUCCAGCUCCUGAGACCCCAGCACCAGUUGCAACAGAACCAGUGACCACUGCGUCAACAGAUACACCAGAAGUUGCUCCUGUGAUCGCAGCACCCGCUGAGGUACCAGCUGAAGCUCCGGCUGCCGCAGCUCCCAUCCCCGUGCCUACGGAAUCUAUCGAUGUUUCUGUACCAUCAGAAGCCGUCGUGGAAGCCACGCAGCCAGUUGCAACGCCUGCCGAAGUCACAACAGAAGUUACAGUUGCAGACCCUGCUGCUGCAGCAUUAAUUACCGAGCCAGUGGACCCAGCUGUUCCGUAUUCGGUUGAACAAAUUACUUCUGUUGAAAUCUCCGCAGAACCAACAUCUUCAGCCGUACCAGAAAUCCCAUUACCACCGCCAACUGAAGCAGUCGCUUCUCCAGAAGUUGCUCUCGUUGCAGAUCCAGCUUCAGUGCCCAUACCCGAACCAAGCCCAGCGAUUCCUGCAGAACCGAUACCUGCGGAGACGCCAGUCGCUAUUCAGGAACCGGGGGUUGCCGUAGAAGAGCCGGUAAUACAAACUCCAACACAGAUUCCAGAAACUGCUGCUGAGAUUCCCGAACCUGUACCGGAAAAAGUUCUGGCUCCUGUCACAGCUGACGCUCCUUCCACAACUCCGGAACCAGAUGUAGUCGCCAUCAAUGACGCUCCUCCAGCAACCGAAAUCACCACACCCGUUGUUGAAAACGUUCCAGCGGAAUCAAAUGUGGAAUCAGCCAUGCCAGUGACUGAACCACCGGUUGCGCAAGAGAUUCCUGCAGCCGAAAUUCCAGAGACGGUGACAAAGCCAGUGGAGGUUGUGGUUGAACAGAGCACCAUCCCUAUACAGGCAGCAGUCUCGGAAGAGGUUUCAAAGUCUGCUGAAGAAGAGGUUCUUCCCAUUGAGCCAUCUCCAGCUGCAAUAGAGGAAUCUCCAGCUGCUGCCGAAGCUGUUCAAUCUUCUCCGGAACCAGUGAUUUCCGAAACGCCAGCUGCCGAAGAACCAAUUACGACAGAGGAAACCCCAGUAAAUAUUACUGUGGGAACGUCUGAAGAUGUACCCACAAUUUCGGAGAUACCAGUGGAAGAGGUUUCCACUGCGGAAAUCCCCGAACAGUCAUCGUCACCCCCAGAUUCCGUACCCGUGGCAAAGAUAACUCCUUUGCUUAGAGAACUCCAGACCACCGAUGUUUCGCUAUUGGCCAUUGCCGCCACACUGGAUGCCAUUGGAGAAAAGCUAAAGGACCAAAAGGCCAGAAAUCAGCAAGUAAUGGACAGACUCUGCGAAAUCGAGAAAAUUCUUGGCCCUCCCAAAUCCAAUUAGCUCAAGUUUGAUUGUAAAAGCCUAGAUCAAUUUAAAAGUAAAUUCAAAUAUGAUACUAAUAUCUUAAUGUCUACUAAAGGUAUAAUGGGGUUAAAAGAGCCAAUGCAAGCUAGGUUGUCCCAAAUUGUUCCGUGCAAAAUUAAUGUAGCCAAAACAAAUCUACCACUUCCACUUUUUGGACAUAUCAGCAUGGCUGGUUCGAAAACCCCAGCCACAGAACCUAAUUUGCAAGCGCGUCGAAAAUUUUCACGUGGGAAAUUAGCAUUCCAAAAGGGAGUGGGACAUAAAUUCAAACGAAUGCAAAAGGAGAAAAUUAAUGAACAUUCCCCCCACUUUGUCAGCGAAAAAACAACAUAAAUUAGAGUUACCUCUCUGCUUUUGAACCGAGAAAGCUGGCGACUUCUGAUAAUUGGAAAUUUAUCAAUGAAUAAUUUAAUUUUGUGCUCCUGCUUACACUUCCUUAAAAGCUUAAA